AUGUCUGAGUCAGGGUCGUCUUCUACACCGCCCUUGAAGAAUCCCAAGCUCAGCGCAAUGAGCAAAGCUUUCUCCCAAGUAGAUCUGGACGGGCAUGAUCUACCGCCUUCACCUACCCCAUCCAGUCCGAGAAGUGGUCGACAAUACGCCAUUGCGACACAGCUCGUCUAUUCAGAGGGGAACGACCAGUACAAUGCCAGCAGCGUGCCCAUAUACCAGUCUGCCACCUUCAAACAGACCUCUGCCACUGGCGGAGUCUCCGACUAUGACUAUACUCGCAGCGGCAACCCAACUCGCACCCACCUAGAAAAACACCUUGCAAAGAUCAUGCGCGCCAAAAGAGCGUUGGUUGUCUCUUCAGGCAUGGGUGCACUUGAUGUCAUUACUCGCCAGUUGAAACCGGGGGAUGAGGUUGUGACAGGAGACGAUCUAUAUGGUGGAACAAACAGAUUGCUCAAGUAUCUGUCCACGCACGGCGGAAUCAUCGUCCACCAUGUCGACACAACCACACCUGAAAAGGUGAAGGAGGUGCUGAACGAGAAAACGGCCAUGGUCUUGCUUGAGACACCUACCAACCCUCUGAUCAAGAUUGUUGAUAUCCCCACGAUCGCCAAUUACGCCCACGCUGCCAAUCCAGCCAGCCUUGUCAUCGUGGACAACACCAUGUUGUCACCCUUACUCCAGAAUCCCUUGGAACUCGGGGCAGAUGUGGUCUACGAAUCUGGCACGAAGUAUCUGUCUGGCCACCACGACUUGAUGGCUGGUGUGCUUGCCGUCAACGAUGAAGCGCUGGGGGAGAAGCUUUACUUCACCAUCAAUGCCUCAGGUUGCGGCCUCGCUCCGUUUGACUGCUGGCUCCUCAUGCGUGGCAUCAAGACAUUGAAGGUCCGUAUGGACGCACAGCAGGCAAAUGCCAUGAUGAUCGCCCGGUUCCUGGAAUCCGCAGGUUUCAAAGUGCGCUACCCAGGACUGAAGAGUCAUCCUCAGUAUGAUCUCUUCCACUCUAUCGCUCGGGGACCCGGUGCAGUCUUGUCAUUCGAAACUGGAGACAUCCAGCUGUCUGAGCGGAUUGUCGAGUCUGCAAAACUGUGGGCUAUCAGUGUGAGUUUUGGCUGCGUCAACUCGCUCAUCAGCAUGCCGUGCCGCAUGAGCCACGCCAGCAUCGAUGCUAAGACGCGCAAAGAGCGCGGGGUGCCUGAAGAUUUGAUCCGAUUGUGCGUAGGGAUCGAAGACGGAGAGGAUCUAUUGGAUGAUUUACGAAGUGCACUGGUGCAGUCGGGUGCCAUGAACGUCACGCUUGAUGGGAUUUAUGCAAAGAAUGUAACAACAGGGGUUGAACAUCCCGUAGAGGGCGAGCAUCUGGCCGCAGAAGCUGCGGCAGACAAUGAGCCUUGA